ACCUAGAAAAACAAUGCCUCUAAGCGCCGCAGAAAAACAAAAACGGUAUCGAGAACGAUUGAAAAACAAACCAGAAUUCUAUGAAGAAGCUAAAAAGAAACAAAGAGAACGGUACCAUAAAACUAAAAGAUUAGUGAAAGACUUAACCCCUAAAGAAAAGUACAACGCUAACACGAUUUGGCGUUUACGGAAAAGAGAACAGGCGAGAAAAAAAAAGAUCGUAGAAAGAGUGUUACGAAAUACACCACCAAGCUCACCUCAAUCUGAAUAUAGAUUUCAGCAUAUACAUAAUGAGCCUCAAUCGCCUACUCCUCCGCCAACAACACCUCCGCCAGUGACGGCUUCGUUAUGCACACUUCCACUAGCGACGUCUCCUUUAACAUUAAGCCCACUACGUACACUACAACCAGUAGCAUAUUUGCCACCCUCACCCCAACCCCAAAUUGCAAUGCUUCCUCAAGUGACGUCUCUGCGAGCUGCUCCACUUCAAUCAGCGACGCCUUCACCAACUACAUCUCCACUCACUCUUCCACCUCAGAGAACUUUGUCGGCAACGCCUUCUUCACUGACACUUUCAUCGGCGACACCUCCGCCAGUCACACCAAUUCCGGCAAUACUUUCAUCAAUUUCACGUUGGCCAGCGACAUCUUCGCCGCCGAUUAUAUCUUCCCGACCAGCUAAUCCUGUUGCUUUUACAAAACCCGUAGCGAAGCACAUCCAGCCUUUGUCAUCAAUCUUUGUAGAUUUGGAGAUUAACCAGCCAAUCGAAUCGCCAAAACAACGAGGGCGAAAAAGAACAAGAAGAGAUAGAGCUAAAGUUUGCAGAGAGAAUAGGAUAUUAGCUAACAAAAAUGAAAAUUUAAAAAAGACGUAUGAAAAGUAUAAAAAAAAAGUAUUUAAGAGACAAAAAUAAACCUAAAUCUAAACAGACCAAAGAUGACUUAAAGUACCAAAUGUUGGCGAAUGCCAUAAAGGAAACAUUUAAAAAAACAAAAUCGAAAAUAGAAAGAAAUACAAUAAAAACUAUUUUUGCAGCACAAGCAAUUCAAAAUUCACGUAUGAAGAUAAUUUUUUUGAUGGACACUUUUGGCACAAACAAAAUUGAAAUGAACAAGUCUCGCUUUGACCGAGAAACGCUCCUGAAGAAAAAGAUAAAAGAAUUUUUCCUAAGAGACGA